UUCACUCAUGUACUUUAGGUCUGCUGUUCUCCCCUGUAACUGAAUUGCCCCUGGUGAUUUGGCUUUCAAGACUAUGAAUAAGCGACUAUGGGGAUGAACAUUGUAACUGAAUCUUGACAUCUCAGGUGAACUGCGAGACUUUUAUGUGAGGCGAUGGCUGCUUGGUUGUUGGUUUGAAUUAAUAUAUGCCAGCACUGAGCCUUACGGCAAGGUGUUCGAGGGAUUAAGACACCUGGUGUAGACCUCCAGGCUUCGGUAAACUACUAAGAUGAAGAAUGGUGAAGAAAGACUACUCGAAGUUCGUAUAACAUGCUUGUGUUUCAUUGCGCAGACACCGAAACGAUAAGGCUGCUAUAAAUAAGCCUGAUCCCUAGAAAUAAGGGUGUCAGCAGACUUUACUCUUUAAAAGUGAUUCAGGGAAAACCGGAGAAGGAGGAGAAUUCACUAUAGGUUGGAUGAUAAGAAAGGUUAUUAAGAGUGAUUGACCCUUAAUUCUAUGAUAUUGACACAGUAGUAUUUUUGGGAUUGUGGAGAAUGACGUACGUCACUGGCGAUGCAAACUCUGCGAUAUCACGCUGGAGACAGAGACUGCAAUUUAUAUAUCUGAAUAAUUGUCUCGUUGAAUAGUGAUGUGAAUGUGUAAGCGAUUUGGUAACCAUACAUAGUUAUCCUGUUUAAGAUACUGCUAUAGUUAAAUAUGGCGUUCAUUAGUACCUAUUGACUAUUUGAUCAGAAAAAUAACUACAUGGUAACACUUUGCAUUGUGAGCAGUAGGAUUUCAGUUGACCAACAUAACUCGUGAUGCGUACCUACAAGGCAGUUGUGAUUAAUACUACAAGAUAUUUGUCCUAACUUAAGAUUCUAAACAUAAGUGAUAUAUGUGGGAACUUACAUAGUAUUUCCAGAUUCAUGCCAUAACUUAUGAUGCAACUUGGGAGUAUUUCAGAUUCAUGCCGUAACUUUGAGUUGGUAUAUGAGUGCGGAUUUCAGAUUCAAGCCGUAACUUUGUGGUGUUAUGUGAAUGACGAUUUCCGGUUUAUGCCGUGACGUGUGAUGCGAGUAUUCCAGGUUUUUGCCGCUGCGGCCUAAGAUACAAACUUAGUGAGUAUUUUAGGAUGAAGCCGUGACUUGUGAUCCAAUUAUAGUGGGUAUUUUGAUUAAAUACAGUGUGACUUGAGAUGCAAACUUUGUGCUAUUACACAACUAGCAAGAAUUUCCUCCACCCCGCAGCACCUUCAAUAAAAGAAUAAAAAGCAACGCCAAACCUCUAAGAUGUGUCGCGCCAGAGACAGAGAGGCGGAAUCGAGCGAAAAUCUACGAAACACGAACGAUGAUGGAGGCUCAGCGUCAUACAGACAAACCCAAGGAAGAGUGACCACACAGCUCUUCGCUUGUCUGGCCGUCUCUCUGAGCAAUCUCUCAGCCGGUGCUGUUAACGGGUGGACAGCAGCUGCCUUGCCAUCUAUGAAAGAAGACCCAACCAUUGUCUUGACGACAGCCGACAUAGCGUGGAUGGCAAGCAUCAUCUCAGUCGGAUGUAUGUUGGGAAGCAUAUUCGCUGGGAGAGUUAUGGACCUUAUAGGUCGACGUACGACAAUUAUUGUUGUGGCUCCAUUUUUGUUGGCAGGAUGGCUGACAAUAGCUCUAGCCUCAAAUACAACAGUUAUUUUACUUGGGAGGAUGAUAUGUGGCACUGCUACUGCGUUCUUGUAUUGUGCAUCACCGGUGUACUGCAGUGAAGUACCAGAAGCCAGAUUAAGAGGCAGCUUGGGUUUAAUGCCCUCACUGUUCAUCACAUUUGGUAUUGUGUUGUCCUACAUGGCUGGGGCAUUCUUCUCCUGGCGUGUCAGCUGUUACAUAUGUUCUAUACCUAUAAUCUUGAUGUUCAUAGUGCUAUGGGUGGUACCAGAAUCCCCUUACUGGUAUCUCUUGAAAGGCAAAAUGAGGGAAUGCAAAGCAUCCCUUAGGUGGCUAAGGGGACCGAGGUAUGACUUCACAUCAGAACUAGAGGAAAUGGAGGCCAAGAUCACUUCUGUUGGCAGGAAAGUAGAAUACCGUGAGCUGUGGAGGCCCCGCACCAGGUGGCCUUUCUUGAUCUCUCUGUUUAUGGCUACCUUGCAACAAGUGAGUGGAGGGAAUAUUCUCGUUGUGUUCACCGGUUUGAUCUUCAUCUCAGCUGGCGUGGAGAACCACCGCAUGGCUGUUGUUAGCACAGGUAUCAUACAAAUAAUUUUCACAUUUUUGUGCCUGAUGGCUGUAGACCGGCUUGGCCGUCGUCCAUUGAUCAUUGUAUCAACUUGUACUAUCGGCCUAGCAAAUACUAUACUGGGAUUUUACUACCUGAUGAGCAAUGUGUAUGAAAUACAGUGGCCCUCCUGCGUACCCUUGGUCACUAUUCUGAUAGCCAUUGCUGGAUUUUGCCUGGGAUGCCGAGCUGUGCCGUGGCUUUUGUCUACCGAGCUCUUCAAUACCACUAUCAGAUCGACAGCAAAUUCAGCAAGCAUAUUCUACAAUAGGUUGCUUAAUGUCACUAUUUUACAGGUAUAUCCCUUUUACGAGGAGGCCUUCGGCGCCCACACGGUCUUCUUCACAUUCGGCUCUCUUAGCCUCCUCAGCAGCGUCAUCGCCUAUUUCGUCGUUCCAGAGACUAAAGGAAAGACGCUCGAACAGAUACAAGAGUACUUCGAGUCGACGCGUUCUGGUUCCAGGGUACAAGGAUACGAGAGUGUGAACGGAAACUAAUUUUAUUUCGAAUCUAAGGGGUUCCGUAACCAACCCCCCUACACUCACUUAUAUUAUGUUUUAUAUAUAUAUUUAUAUAAGGGCGCAUCUAUUUAAACACUAGUAAAACGGAGGUAACUAGUAUGUAAAAGUAUAGAUUGCCAGACAAUAGCUUGAGAGUAACCCUCAUUCGUCAAUAAAUCACUCAUAUGCAGUGGCGGAUCUAGAAAUCUUUCAUUGGGUUGCGGGGACCACUUAGGAUUAUCAUAUAUAUAUAUAUAUAUAUAUAUAUAUAUAUAUAUAUAUAUA